UGUUACGCCGUCUGCCACCCAGGCUGCCAGUCAGGAUGUGGAGCAGGACAUCAGAGAGUCAGUCAUGGAGGACCAGCAAUGAGACGCCUCCACCAUGCCUUAUCCACAGACUGGACCACAUUGUGAUGACAGUAAGGAACAUCGAGGACACUACCAUGUUCUACUCCAAGACCCUGGGCAUGGGGGUCACUACCUUCAAGGGAGACCGGAAAGCAUUGUGCUUUGGUGACCAAAAGAUUAACCUACACGAGGCGGGAAAGGAGUUUGAACCCAAGGCAGCUCACCCUGUUCCGGGCUCCCUGGACAUCUGUCUAAUCACAGAAACACCUUUGCAGGAGGUGGUCCAGCAUCUCAAGGCUUGUGACGUACCCAUUGAGGAGGGUCCAGUCCCCAGAACUGGAGCAAAAGGACCUAUCAUGUCCAUCUACUUCCGGGAUCCUGACAGAAAUCUGAUUGAAGUAUCCAACUACAUUGCCUCCUGAUUGACACUGACUCUCUUCCGUUCAGUACCCUAUAAUGGCAUCAUCUCCUUUCCUUCUGCAUUCCUUUGCCUAGUCACAGAGACCUUGUAAUUCUAAGAAGUUUGGCUCUUCACACAUCCUUUAAAAUUGACCUGUGGUGUUUUGAAUGUGAAAUGUUCCCCAGGCCCUCAUGUGUUUGUGUUGGGAGGUGGUCUUGCUGGAGGAGGAAUGUCACAUGGGUAGGGCCUUGGGGUGUUAUAACCCAAACCCCCUUGCCAAAGCUGGCUCACUUUAGCUGAUAAUCUCAGCAGCUGGGGCAAAAAUGUGAUGCCCAGACAGUUCUCUGCCAUGCUGUGAUGAAACUUCCCGUCAAGACUGUAACCUGCAAUAAACCCUUUCCUUCCA